ACAUAUACGUUACAUGUAACAUGCUUGAGUAUAUAACAUUUAUAUACUGUUUGCUGGGAUAGAAUUGAAUGCCGUCUGGUGAAUUUGGAUAAAUUCAAAAUGGGAACCAUGGUGACGCUAUUUUCGCCAAAAUCGCCAAAAUUAAGCAGAAAAAGACGGAUAGCGUCACCAUAGUUGCCAUUUCAAAUUUAUCAAAAUUCACCAGACGGCAUUCGAUUCUGCGUGUAAAAAGCUAAAAUUUAAGCCCUAAUACGACCCUCUAUACUCUUAAGUAAAAAGUGGGCAGCCCGAUGUGCCUUUUGACGUCCGAUCGGACGUUUCACGGAGAAAAUUUUAUAUUAAUUUGUAAUAUAAUUUUAAAUUAUAUUUUACUAUUUUUUGCAUUAUUGGUAGACCAUCAUGACUUUAUAGAAUAAAUUGAAGUAUAACAGCAAAACUUAAAACCAACAUUCAUCUAAUAUAUUUUAUCAUUUGCCAUAGUAAAAAUUCGUAGGUAUAAAAAGUUAUCUUUAUUAUGUAUCAUUUAAAGUAUUAUAAUAUAUGUUAAACCUCUUUUUUUUACUAUAUAGUAUCGUUUGUGAGUUGAUCAGAAUAACACAUCAAUAACUUAUUAAAAAGAAUAUAACUGAGUUGUUAUAAGAAAAAUUAUAUUUUGAUAGCCAGAAUAAAUUAUAUGGAACUUUUAUCGACUCCUGAUUAUAAUUCGGAAAAAAUUCAAUAAUAAAAAGAUGGACAACGAAAAAGUAGACAGUAAAGGCUUCUGCAAUCUAAUAUCACCGUAAAAUCCAAAAUGACAAUUGUAAAAGCGAGAGGAAAUAUAGGCGAUUAGAAAUCUGCGUUAAUUUAUCGAUAGAAAAUUAAAUAUGUUUUGACCAAAUCUGGAGGCUUAAUAUCAAUCAAACAAUUUAAUGAAAUUAUAAAAAUGACAUAUGGAACUAAAGACAGUAUUCUAAAAGAAGCUGCCAUUCAGAUUGGUGCUGGAGGAUCAGCAGGUUUCAUUGAGGUCUGCAUAAUGCAUCCAAUGGAUCUUGUUAAAACACGUUUUCAGUUUCAAGUAAAGACAACAAAGGCAGAUCCAUUGUAUUAUACAGGCAUUUAUGACUGUAUGACUAAAAUGUAUAAAACUGAAGGACUACCGGCAUUUUGGAAAGGGAUUUUACCCCCAAUAAUUGUAGAAACUCCCAAACGUGCGGUUAAAUUUUUUACAUUUGAGCAAUACAAACGAUUUUUCUUAUUUGGCGCCAGCACACCUUCUCCAUUGACAUUUUCAUGCGCUGGUUUCUUUGCUGGUGUUACAGAGGCUAUAUUAGUUAAUCCUUUUGAAAUGAUCAAAGUAAAUCUACAAACUAAUCGGAAGCACAUCAAAGAGAGUCCAUCAACUUACACAGUAACAAAAGAAAUUAUUUCAAAGCACGGUUUUGGAUUAAAUGGCCUGAAUAAGGGACUUACAGCCACUAUAUUGAGGAAUUCAAUAUUCAAUGCAUUCUAUUUUGGUUUUUAUCACUCCGUUAAAAGAUGUGUGCCAGUUAAGAAAACACCUUGGUUGGAAUUUUUAACUCAAAUUUUUAUAGGAUUUUUAUCAGGUACUAUAGGUUCCUGUUUAAACAUACCAUUUGAUGUUGCCAAAACUCGCAUUCAGGGACCACAAGAUAGCACACAACAAUAUAAGGGAACAUUAAAUGCCAUACACAUUAUUUACAAAAACGAAGGAUUCAGAGCCUUAUACAAAGGCUUAGUACCAAAAAUUUUAAGAUUAGGUCCAGGUGGUGCUAUUAUGCUUGUAGUGUAUGACCACAUGAGUGUAUUUCUUACGAAUAAGUUUAAAGAUUAAUUUUUAUAUAAUAUUUUGAUAUUAUAUAUAUUUUGAGAUAUAAUGUGAAGUAAUUAUAAGUUAUUUUAAGAAGAUGCAUUUAAUGUACAUAUAUGUAGAAUAAAAAAUCAAAUAAUUUUA